AUGCCUCAGUCCCACAAGUCUAACUUGUCGCUAGCCAUCCAAAAGGCCGAUGCCAACCACGAGAGCCAGCCACACACCCACCACAACUAUAAGGAGAAUGCGUCUCGCAAAAGCAGCGCUGCCUCGGAUGCGGCGCCGUUUGGGUUUCUUCCGCUGGCCGGCCUGGCCACCAGCCUGACUUUUGCGCCGCUGGUGAAGUCGUUUCGGCCCGAGCUCACGCCCAUCAGCACCGACUUUGAUCUGCAUAGCCACAAGAGCCAAAGUUACGCCAGCCAGAACCAAAGUUACGCCAGCCAGAACCAAAGCUACGGCAGCCAGAAUCAAAGCUACGGCAGCCAGAGCUUUGGCAGCCACUACGACAGCUUUGGCGACGCAAAUGACACAUACAAAGAACAGCAGAACAACCAAGACCACGAGGGCAGCCAGACAGGCCAGACCCGUGGCCACGACCACAUCUCCUCUGACCAAGCUGCAAGCCAGCCUCUGAACCAGGCACAGAACCAAGGUGCCAAGAAGGCUGCAAAACCGGCUUUGUCCAACCAAAAACCACAUCUGGCCAAGGCCAGCGGUACCCAGACAGGCCAGACAGAGCAGCCUGGCUUGGACGCGGUGGAUGAGUCCGACUCGGACUUUGAAGACGUCAAUGUCGAGAACGAAGAAAGCCUCAAGGACUACGUGCCUGGCGGCUACCACACAUGCUACAUUGGCGAAACGUACCGUGACAACAAGUACACAUUGGUGCGGAAACUUGGCUGGGGCCAUUUUUCCACCGUGUGGUUGGCCAGAGACAACGACAAGCAGUGCCACGUGGCCAUGAAGAUCGUGCGCAGUGCCAAGCACUACACGGACACGGCCAUCGACGAGAUCAAGCUUUUGGACCGUGUUACCAGCGCCGACAUCUACCAUCCGGGGCACGAUCACGUGAUCCAGUUGUUGGACACAUUUACCCACAAGGGCCCCAACGGCGUCCAUGUUUGCAUGGUUUUCGAGGUGUUGGGCGAGAACUUGCUCUCGCUCAUCCGCCGCUACAAGCACCGCGGCAUUCCCGUGGUGUUUGUCAAGCAGAUUGCCAAGCAGCUCUUGCUGGCUUUGGAUUUCUUGCAUCGCACAUGCGGCGUGAUCCACACAGACCUCAAGCCGGAGAACGUUUUGAUUGAAAUCGGCGACGUCGAGCAGAUUGUGCGCUUGGUGGAGGCAGAGGAGCUGCACGCCCGUCUCCAGAGGAAGUUGCUGCGGACAAAGUCGAAAACAGAGCUGAUCCGCUCCAAACCAGACCUGGUGGAAAACUCCCCCGGUCUCAAGGGCUCAGCGUCGGCGGCCUCUCUUUCCAAAGUCCGCGACCUCGGCUCUCCGAGCGUACGGAACGGAAGACGGGCCCGGCGCCACACGCUCAUCACCGGGUCUCAGCCAUUGCCUCUGCCCAUGCGCUCAUUCAACCGCUCCUUCACCAGUGCUGCCACGCUUGCUGCAACUACAUGCAACACGCCGGUGAAGACGCCAAGCCACCUGCUGUUGUUUGGCGGCGCGUUUGUGCUGACGCCAAAACCAGGCGCCGUACAACAAUUCGGACGGCGAGGAAAUGGACGAGGACCUCAGCAACCUGCUUCUGUCGAUGUCCGUGUCACGCAGCGGCGGAUUUGUCACGCAGGAGCCGCCUCGCGGCGUGGUGAAUGA